ACCAUGACCGGCAAAACACAGACUAGCAACGUCACCAAUAAGAACGACCCAAAGUCCAUCAACUCCAGAGUCUUCAUCGGCAAUCUGAACACAGCCAUUGUCAAAAAAGGCGACAUCGAAGCAAUCUUUGCAAAGUAUGGGAAAAUAGUUGGCUGCUCGGUGCACAAAGGUUAUGCGUUUGUACAGUACAUGAGCGAGAGGCACGCGAGGGCUGCAGUGGCGGGAGAGAAUGCCAGGAUCAUUGCAGGGCAGCCACUAGAUAUAAACAUGGCAGGAGAACCAAAACCAUACAGACCAAAACCGGGCAACAAGCGGCCACUUUCAGCACUAUACAGACUUGAAUCAAAGGAGCCUUUCCUGUCUGUUGGUGGUUAUGUCUUUGAUUAUGAUUACUACAGAGACGACUUCUACAAUCGGUUGUUUGAUUACCAUGGCCGUGUCCCACCACCACCCCGUGCAGUGAUUCCGCUGAAACGUCCUCGUGUGGCUGUGACAACUACUCGCAGAGGCAAAGGGGUUUUCUCCAUGAAAGGAGCAUCACGAUCCACCUCAAGUGGGGCUUCUUCCUCAGGAUCCAGAUCACCCACCUGUCUUCCCCUGCCCCUUAUGUGGAGUGAUACUGUCCUUGGAAGCGUCACUGGAAGAGGAAGAGAAAGAUCAGUGAAAUCAGAUGAGUUGCAAACAAUCAAGAAGGAAUUAACCCAAAUCAAAACAAAAAUUGACUCCUUGCUAGGGAGACUGGAAAAGAUUGAAAAGCAGCAAAAAGCUGAAGCAGAAGCUCAAAAGAAACAAAUGGAAGAUAAUGCUGAUUUGAUUCAAGAGGAGUGCAUAUCAGAGAAUGCAGAUAACUCUACAGAAGAGCCAAUUGAAGGAGGGCCAGAUGCAGAUGGGGAUGGAGAAGAGAUGACUGAUGGGAUAGAGGAGGAUUUUGAUGAGGAUGGCAGCAAUGAGUUGGUAAGGAAUAACCAUGCCAUGUCUGUCUAUACAGUUGCUACAAGUAACCACAGAGAACCAACAAUCUGGGAAUAA